AGUCUUGCACAGGUGUACCGGCUCCUCCCCCUCAGUCUUGCACAGGUGUACCGGCUCCUCCCCCUCAGUCUUGUACAGGUGUACCGGCUCCUCCCCCUCAGUCUUGCACAGGUGUACUGGCUCCUCCCCUCCAGUCUUGCACAGGUGUACCGGCUCCUCCCCUUCAGUCUUGCACAGGUGUACCGGCUCCUCCCCUUCAGUCUUGCACAGGUGUACCGGCUCCUCCCCUUCAGUCUUGCACAGGUGUACCGGCUCCUCCCCUUCAGUCUUGCACAGGUGUACCGGCUCCUCCCCUUCAGUCUUGCACACCGGGUGUACCGGCUCCUCCCCUUCAGUCUUGCACAGGUGUACCGGCUCCUCCCCUUCAGUCUUGCACAGGUGUACCGGCUCCUCCCCUUCAGUCUUGCACAGGUGUACCGGCUCCUCCCCUUCAGUCUUGCACAGGUGUACCGGCUCCUCCCCUUCAGUCUUGCACAGGUGUACCGGCUCCUCCCCUUCAGUCUUGCACAGGUGUACCGGCUCCUCCCCUCCAGUCUUGCACAGGUGUACCGGCUCCUCCCCUCCAGUCUUGCACAGGUGUACCGGCUCCUCCCCUUCAGUCUUGCACAGGUGUACCGGCUCCUCCCCUUCAGUCCUGCACAGGUGUACCGA